GUACAGCCCACCGAACCAGUUUCGAAUGAAACAGUGUCACCCAGUGGCUUGAACAACCAAGAAUUACUUGUUAAAUAUUCGCUCCGUCAUCCCGCGUCACUGCAAGUGGACUUUAGCACCAGCAGGUAAUUUUAAAGGCCAGAGUUUGUCCACGUGGAAGGUGUUGAAUGACUAAAUACCUCGAAACGUUUUGUUUUAAAUACCAAAUAAACAUCACUAUAAAUAUAUGGUGAGUAGUGCAAUGCUUCUUCUGUUUGGACAAGUGACCCUUUCACCCUAAAACGUUUGAUAAUGCGGUGCUUUUUUGUACUUCCAAAGCCAUGUUUCGAACUGACAAAAAUUUAUCGGUCCUUUUUGAUCAUUAUUAAGAGGAAAUUGGGAACUUAUUAUUUUAUUGCAUUUUUACCGACAAAUCCUUGGUGGCUACGUUCAAAAGUUUAUCCUGCACCUGAGUUUUACCUGUAAUGUGAUGUUGUUGUUGUUUUUUUGUUUUCAGAUUGGCACGUCUUUCAGUGGAACUCUUGUUGCAUAACUGCUGCUCAAAACCUGUUGAUGUGUUUGUGGAAUUGUUUUCCAGGUUGCGCAUUUUAAUUCUCUAUUGUUUUUAGGGCUAACAUUAUCUUGAGAGCCUUUUCCUUCAACUUGGCGACCAGAGAAAGCCUUGAAACAAGCUCUUAUACUUUUUACACUGGAAUCUGAAUGACAUGCCUUGACAUGUUGCUCAUUCCCAAUCAAAGAACCUCGUCAUUUUGCCGUCCCCAAGUUUUGUACCCCCUCUCCCCCCUCCCCACUUCUGCCUUCCCUUACCCAAACCCCUAGUCAUACGACCUUGAUCCGUAGGAAUCCCUUGCGGCAUGACGGUAUGUAUCAAAAUUUGCUGUCUUGAAUAAAAUCCCAUGAAAUUCCCUCGGACCCCGCUGGAGGCGUUUGAACACGAUGUAAAAACACACAUGCCACAUGUUUUCCUGUUACUUUCAAACAAGUUGUCCCUUUGAGUUCCUUACAUCUCUGGCUUCUUUCUAGUGUUGGAAACUCGACUGCAGUCUUAGAAGAUAAACCUACCGACGCCCAAGACAACUUCUUUUCAUUCGACACGGAUUCCAGUCCUGCAUCAAAAUCGUCUCCCACUUCCCUUACUUGGAUUGGGCAAACCUCAAGGAGAUUUCACUUGCCCUCAAGCGGAUCUUCGUCGUUGGUAUUCCGCGCUCUAGUUACUCUUCCGGGCGUUUAUAACAUGAACAAUUUUCGCGUCCUCGCGAAGCUAUCCGAAGAACUUGAACCUGGGGGCAGUAUGGUUCUUCAAAAGCCUUGUCCGCCCAGCUUUGUGGUUGUGGAGAACACUUCAUGA